GCCAACCGCCCCCCGCCGGCGGAGCCGCGCCGAGCGGCGGCACCUCCUGACCGCCAUUCCGCCCCAAAACUUUCCGUUUUCCCCUUCCCACUCUCCGGGACUUCCUUGUGCCGCCUGUGUGCGCGGAGGGGGAGGAGGAGGCGUGUGCGGCGGCGGCGGCGGCGGCGAGGGGGGAUUUACAGUCUCCUCGCAGGCUGGCCGGGACCCCGGGGGAAGAGGAGUUGCACCAUGCGCGGCAAGUGAGGGAAAGUCUCUGCCAGCGCCGCCCGCAGAAGUUGAGGCUUUCCCCCGCCGCCCGCGGGAGCUGUGCCUUUAACGCCCGCUGAGCGAGGUACCUAAGGAUAAAACUGGCCUGAAAGGAAAAUCUGGGGGAGCUGGGGAGCCUGGCUGUUCUUACACCUGACCCUCUCAGCUGUCAGAUGUGGUGAUCUCCAUGGUAACUCAAACCCCCAGACUCUUGACAUCAGCCUGCGAGGAGCAGAAUUCAGCAGCUCAAGGGUCUCACGACCAGAGCGUGGAUCUCACUUCUCGUAAACCUCAUCAUAUUGAGGUUGGGCUAAGAUGAGCAUAACCAGUGACGAAGUGAAUUUCUUGGUGUAUCGCUAUCUCCAGGAGUCAGGUUUCUCCCACUCGGCCUUCACCUUCGGUAUCGAGAGCCACAUCAGCCAGUCCAACAUCAACGGAACACUAGUGCCACCUGCUGCACUCAUCUCCAUCCUCCAGAAGGGGCUCCAGUAUGUGGAGGCUGAGAUCAGCAUCAAUGAAGAUGGUACGGUGUUUGAUGGCAGGCCAAUAGAGUCCCUGUCCCUGAUCGACGCGGUGAUGCCUGAUGUUGUCCAGACCCGGCAGCAAGCAUUCAGAGAGAAGCUCGCCCAGCAGCAAGCCAGUGCGGCGGCAGCAGCGGCAGCAACGGCAGCAACAGCGGGAGCGACGACGACUGCUGUUUCCCAGCAGAACACACCAAAGAACGGAGAAGCCACUGUGAACGGAGAGGAGAAUGGGGCACAUGCAAUAAAUAAUCAUUCAAAGCCAAUGGAAAUUGAUGGGGAUGUUGAAAUUCCUCCCAACAAAGCAACAGUCCUUCGGGGCCAUGAAUCAGAAGUGUUCAUCUGUGCCUGGAACCCUGUCAGUGACCUGCUAGCAUCUGGAUCUGGAGACUCAACAGCCAGAAUAUGGAAUCUCAAUGAAAACAGCAACAGCGGUUCCACUCAACUAGUUUUGAGGCACUGCAUAAGAGAAGGAGGACAUGAUGUCCCCAGCAAUAAGGAUGUGACUUCAUUGGACUGGAAUAGUGAUGGAACACUAUUGGCUACAGGCUCAUACGAUGGUUUUGCAAGAAUAUGGACAGAAGAUGGUAACCUUGCAAGCACCUUAGGUCAACAUAAAGGUCCAAUAUUCGCCCUGAAAUGGAACAAAAAGGGGAAUUAUAUUUUAAGUGCUGGCGUUGAUAAAACAACAAUAAUUUGGGAUGCUCACACAGGAGAAGCUAAACAGCAGUUUCCUUUCCAUUCAGCUCCUGCUUUGGAUGUAGACUGGCAGAACAACACUACUUUUGCCUCCUGCAGCACUGACAUGUGCAUUCACGUAUGCAGGCUUGGUUGUGAUCGUCCCGUUAAAACCUUCCAAGGACACACAAACGAGGUUAAUGCAAUCAAAUGGGACCCAUCUGGCAUGCUAUUAGCAUCCUGCUCCGAUGAUAUGACAUUAAAGAUUUGGAGUAUGAAGCAAGAUACCUGUGUACAUGAUCUUCAGGCUCACAGCAAAGAGAUUUAUACUAUCAAAUGGAGUCCUACAGGACCAGGCACCAGCAAUCCAAACUCCAACAUCAUGUUAGCAAGUGCUUCGUUUGAUUCCACCGUUCGGCUUUGGGACGUUGACCGAGGAGUCUGCAUCCAUACAUUAACAAAGCAUCAAGAGCCUGUCUACAGUGUAGCUUUUAGUCCUGAUGGAAAAUAUCUAGCCAGUGGGUCCUUUGACAAAUGUGUCCAUAUAUGGAAUACUCAGAGUGGAACUCUAGUACAUAGCUACCGAGGCACCGGGGGCAUCUUUGAAGUCUGCUGGAAUGCCAGAGGAGACAAAGUGGGAGCAAGCGCAUCAGAUGGAUCGGUUUGUGUUCUAGAUCUGCGGAAGUAAAAGUGAAAUGUUUUAGAAGAAAUUUCAAAUGGACCAGCAGUGAAUGUGUGGGGAGAAGCACUCUUCAAAACUAUUCUUAACAGCUCCAGAACUGUACGAACUUGAACAAAGUUAGAGUGUACCGUGAAACCAACUCUCCCUGGCCACAGGUGUCUAGUAUGUUGUCCGUAACCUUCAUCAAGGAGUAAAAACACAGUCACUUCAGAGGGGGAGGGAAUGGUUUCCACCUGGAACAUUCAGCCUUGGAAGCAUGAAGCCACCAGCUAGGCAUUGCACUGUUUGGUUUGCGUCUGAGAACUUGCUCUGAUGGCUGGGAAAAAAAAAAGCUGUGCCAAAAAAAAUUAAUAAAAAAAAAAAAAUAAAAAAAAAAAAGAAAAAUGCUGUGAUAAACCAAAAGGGAAAAAAAAAUCCUCCUCCAUGUGGUGUUGUAUUUUUUCCUUCCAAUUUGGACACUACAGUUGCUCUCCCAAAGGACGUUCAAAGACCAGUUUGUACUGAUGAAAUGCUCAACUUUGUAAUCACAACACUUUCUAUUUUCUAGACUACUUUUUUUGUUCAGUGGUUUUUCUAUCAGCUGGAAUAUUACAGCCUGGAGGAUCCCAGGCUUAGGAUGAAACCUUUGUUUUCCUUUUGUUUCUCCCUUCCACUCCCAACUUUUUUUUCUCCUUCUCUUUCUUCUUACCCUCUUUUUUUUUCUUUUUUUCCCUGUAUGCCCAUAGUAGAUGCAGCCAGGUGGACAUGACAAUGAAAAUUUUUGACAGACUGCUUCUCCUCUCUUCUCUCUCUUCCUUUUCCUUUCUUUCUCUCCAUUUAAAAGACAAAAAAAUCCUCCAUGCUUCAGAUCUUAGCGUCUCAAGGGCACUUUCAGCAAAUUGUGUAAUAAGUGCUUUAUAUAAGAAUGCAGUGCUGGGGAAGAUUUUUACAGGAGAAAGAUGACUUUUAACAGAAAGAACCCAGUGUAUUUUUGGAAAAAAAAUAUUUUUUAUGUUACACAGUUUUAAAAGCCUAAAGUGGCCACCAAAUGUAGACCAGUUGUGUAAUUCAAGCAAAAGGAAUGACGGAGUCCAAGGAACAUGAAAGGUGCAGUAUCCUUUUUCUUUUUUCUCUCAGAAAGUGCUGUAAGAAACAAUGCCAUUUGAUACAAUAAAUGCCAGUCAUUCACUAAGAGUCCUUUUCCAGCAGCCAGGCUUUUAUACAGUCUCAUUUCAUUCGGGAGGCUGUUUUAUGAUGUACACUUACUAAAAGGGAUUCAUAAGUUCAAGCUGUAAAUGCAGCAUUCGUUUUCUUGAGUCCGUAUUUUUGUUUUUCUUCAACAACCAGGGGAAAACACUUAAGUAUGUUCUUUCCUCUAGUGAGAGUUCACAUUUUCUACAGACCAUGGGUUUGACUGCUUGUGGCCUUGCUGAGCUGCAUUCAUCCCUCUCAGCUGUUUCUAUUCCAGUGGGAUUUUACCACUUGGACCAGGACCUAUUGACUGCACCUGUCGUUGUUGAAGAAAGGACUCUGGCCAAGCUCCUGUCCAUCCAUGGUCAUCACACAGCUUGAAGCAAGCUCUUCCAUUGCAUCUGGCACUAUUUGGUGCUGCUCUCACCCUCAGCCAUGCACGUGCUGCAUGUCACAGGGCAAACUUGGGCUCUGCACCUGGGACUCAGUGUUUCCCUAGACAAGUUUAGCUCUGAGGUUGUCCUCAGCGCAGUGCUCAGAAAACAAGGCAGAACUCUCCGUUAGAUGAGAGCAGGAUAAAGGAUAUAUAAAAGUGAUACCUCAACACAGGUGCCACUAUGAAGUUAUAGUGGGUGAAAUGAUCAGAAUGACAAUAAGCACCACCUAUCCCUUGGGCAAGAUUUCCUUAUGGCAGGCUGGACAUCUGCUGGGAUGCCUGCAGAGGACCACGUUACUCUUAAGAGUAAAUGCUGGAUGCAAAGGAGGAUGCACAGGCAGAGUUUACUGAACGUGUUGUAACCUAUAAGGCAAUCUUGAGGUGGUGGCAGAUAAAUACUCUCAACUGGCUGAUCCAAACUUGCCUCCUCUCUAGCCCCCAUGCUAGGCUACGGUUUGUAGAGGAGAGAAAAGCAGGAGCUGAGAAUUCCCUUAACAUCAUGUAAUAACCUUCCCUCCCAGAGUUGCCAUUUGGGCAAGGCAGGAUCUUCACUUUGAUUUGACCACAGCUGCAGAAGUGGUGGUUUGAUCUGAGAGAAGCCAAAACCAGAGCUGAACUGGUGGUACAGGACCCACCAAGCAUCAUGGCAUCAUCAUGGAAUCCUUACUUCAUUUUUUCUCUUGUGUUUUCCUCUCUUCAUGCUUGCAUCUGCACAGUAUCUUAGUCCUUCCAGUGGAACUAACCACUGCCAGCUUCAGCUGCAUUUUUUAAAGAUACACAUUUGGAAAGGAGAAAAGAAGUAAUUGCUAAAAGGGUUACUCAGUUCUGAAGUGAAAGCAGUUAUGUGAGAUUUUGGUUAUUAUUAACAAGCUUGUGUGUAAUUUAUAUCAAAGAAUUGGACACUGGAAGGUAUCAAAGAUUAUUUUCAGUGUUAAAUGUAUUUAUGUGUUUUUUUUAGUUUUCUGCUCCAAGAGAAUGGGCUGUAGAAGGUCACAUGACAGUCUUGCAGUGUUUUAUAGGAGUUUCGUGCGCCCCUAAUUCAAAGUCACUACUUUAAAAAAAAAGCAUACAAGUUUGAAGAGAAACUUGAAUUUUAGUACAAAGGCCUGAUGUGUUUUUUUAAAUCACAGUUGAGUCGAUGAUCUGAUUACGAUCAUUACAUGUAAACGGUUAACUUCCUAAGCUUCUUUGGGGUGUUGUUGCUGAGAAUAACAGGCAGAAGCAGCUCUGAUGGGGGCUCUGGCCUUGCCUCUGUCCCUUCAGUGACACCUGAGCAGGGCAGACCUCAGGAGCCAAAGAGAUGGGGUUGCACCAUCUGAGUUCAGCAACACCCCAUGGGUGGCUGCUUGCAGAGCCUGUGUCUCGUGGCUGUUCCUGGGACAGCUACUGUAGAUAAUUUGGCAGUGCCCAAGAAACCUGGGUCUUCUUUUUCCUUUUUUCAAAUUGUCAGAAGACUACCUUUCCUCUGCCCACCUACACGGAGGUUAGAAGCCAAGGGAAACAAAAUCUGAAAACCAAAUCACUUGCAAAGCCUGCAUGUGAGAGAGUUUUCCAUACAGACCAUCAGAUCUGAGAGCACUGUAUGUGGGAAGUUGAGAAAAUCUUUUUUUUCCCUUUCCCUAGACCCUACAGCCUGGAAAAUCCUCAGAGAUGCCGUAGCAGAUAGUUUUCAGCGAAAGAGAGCUCAGCUAUUAUGGAAGGGCAGAUGUAGUUGCAAAGGCUAAUCCUAGCCUAGCAGGCUGAAUUUUUUAGGAGAUGGAUAGUGGAGAAAUAGAAACUUUUCUGAGCUGCAGUUCAACGUGGGCAUCUAAGCCUCAACCUGCAGAACUGCCCUGGUGGGAGCUCUUGCUUUCCUCCUUCUGCAACAGCAUCCUCUGGCUCUUCCUCCCAUUCCCCUGGGACAGAACAGUGUGAAGCAACAGGACAGUGGAUGUCAUUUUUCAUUUUGUUCAUGCAUUAUGUGUUGAUAAUUUUGUUCAUAGUUCUUUGUAACAGAAGAGAAGUUGAAAAACAUUAAUGACUGAACAGGAUUGUGAAAACGUUAAGAGACUUACUGGGUUUUUUUAUCAUUGCUGGCUGUCUGGAACUGGCUUUAAAGUGGAAAAAAAAUAGUUUCUGAAAGCCACUUGACUGGGGGUUAGAAGGAUACUGAACCUUUUAUGUAGAAAACACUGGGUCCCUUAUGGGGCACUAAAGGGCCAGACUUACAGGGUUAUACACACAUUAACCCCAUGCUACAUCUUAGAAAUUUCCUUUUAAUUUGUUAAAAAACAAAUAAAAUAGCUAAUUUUAGAGCCAAGUGAAGUGCACUUUGUCAAAUGUAAGGGUCUGCUUUGUUUUUCGGUUUUUUUCUUUUUCCCUUUUAAUUUUUCCUCCUUUUUUUCCUCCUAUUGCCUUUUUAAAAGAUGUGGUUCUUUGUCAAUUGCAGAAAUGUUCUUUCAGCCACUCACUGAAACUCUGAAUUCUGGCUUCUGCAGUUUUUAUUGUCUGUGUCAGACUUGCAGCCAGACUUGGUUCUCAUUUCAGCAUUUCCCAGGUUCUGUUGAAACAUCAGCCCUUAUUUCGUUUCUCCCCCGUCCACACUUUCUUCAAAUUCACCUUGUGUAUUGUAGCUCAUUUGUUUUAAGGAGAGAAUCAACAGAUCAUAUUCAGUGUCUUGAAUAAAUUGCUAUAUUUUGAUAUUAGAGAA